AUGAAGUUUUCUAUAUCAAAAUCUAAAAGUAAAAGGAAGAAUAAUCUUAGGGUUUUCACAUAUCAGGAACUAGCUGUUGCGACUGACAACUUCAAUCCUUCUUGCUCGGUUGGAGAAGGUGGAUUUGGAAAGGUUUUCAAAGGAUACAUUGAGAGCAUCGAUCAGCAUGUUGGUGUUAAGCAACUUGACAGUAAUGGAAGACAAGGAAACAAAGAAUUCUUUUCAGAGAUCAUUACAUUAAGUAUUGUUCAACAUCCAAAUCUUGUCAAACUGAUUGGCUACUGUGUAGAAGAUGAUCAAAGACUCUUAGUUUAUGAAUUCAUGCCCAACGAAAGCUUGGAAACUCACCUUCUUGCUUUACCUCCAGGAAGAAAACCUUUGGACUGGGCUACUAGGAUGAAAAUAGCAUCAGGAGCAGCAAAAGGAUUGGAAUAUUUGCACGAUACUGCCGAUCCUCAGAUCAUCUAUCGAGAUUUCAAAGCAUCAAACAUAUUAUUAGAUGAAGGUUUCCAUCCCAAGAUCUCUGAUUUCGGGCUUGCUAAGUUAGGUCCAACAGAAGGAAAGGAUCAUGUAUCUACAAGGGUGAUGGGUACGUAUGGCUACUGUGCUCCUGAAUAUCAACGAACAGGUCAGCUGACAACAAAGUCUGAUGUCUACAGUUUCGGUGUUGUUUUCCUGGAGAUAAUUUCAGGAAGGAGAGUUGUUGACCCGUCAAGACCAAAAGAGGAGCAGAACCUCCUUCAUUGGGCAAGGCCACUGUUUAAGGAUAGAAUUCAAUUCACAAAGAUGGCAGAUCCAUUGCUUGAAGGAAACUGCCCACAAAAGUGUCUAUACCAAGCUCUUGCAAUUGCAGCAAUGUGUCUCCAAGAAGAAGCUGAUACCAGACCUUUGAUGGCUGAUGUUGUAACUGCACUUGAGUUUCUUGCCACACCACUUGAGGAGAAAAAACCUACAGUAAUAUCAACAGAAAACAUCCAUUAUGUCGACUCUGUGACUGGAGGAAAUGUGUAG